AUGCUCCCCAAGCGCCAGCCGGGCCUUAAGCCAGCCAUCCCGCGCCUGGCGGUACUGGUCGCUGCGAUGGCGCUCUUGUCCAGGGCACUCGGCCGGGCCGAUGGCCUCAGGCGCAUCUUCCAGGCGGAUGACGGGACCCCCGUUCCCAGGCUGUCCACGGGCGGCACCAGCAUGUCGCUGAACGACUUUAGCGACCUGACUUCCUGCGCGGCGCAGACGUCGGCGUCCUUCACGCUGGUGGGCAGCGGCAGCGCCAGCGCGUCGGCCAGCGCCUCAUGCGAGGCCAAGGCCGAAUCCACAUCCGCCGCAACACAGGCCAUAGCCGAUUUUCUCAACGGCACCCUGAACGACCACCGGCAGUAUUGCGGCGAGGAGAUGAUCGUCACCGUGGCCGCUGCUGUGGGUGAGGCGGUGGCCACGGCCUACGCUUCGGCGGAGGUCAGCGUGGAGGUCAGCGGUUCUGGCACGGCGUGCGCGGAUGCGUCGGCGGAGGCGGACGCAUUUGCAGUUUCGUUGGCCAAGGCGGUUCUACGCGACGCGGUGGAGACGACCCGGGACGUGGGGCGCAGGCGAAGGGUCAUGAAGCCUGGUAACAACUCGCUGUGCCUGUCGGCGUCGCUCAGCGUCGUUUUUGCGCGCGCCUGGGCGCAGGCCAAGGCGUCUGCGUGCCAGGAGGGCCAGGGGGGGGCCAGGGAUGAGGAGGAGUCGAUCGCGCGGAGCGUGCAGCAGGCGGUGGCGCGCGUGCUUGUGGAGGUGGCGCGCAAGUCCUGCCCGGCCAACAACCGCCUGCGGCUGGACGCGGCGGAGCAGUCGUUGGGCAGGAACUACACCGUGGACGCGGUGGCCGAGCGGGUGGCGGCCGAGGAGUUCGCGUCCGGGCUGGCGGAGGCCAGCGGAGGGGCGCUGACGCAGUGCGACGCGAACGUGGAGGCCCAGUGCUGCGGGGACGACACGUCGGAGUGCAGGCUGGCCAGGCGGCCAGGCCUGACGGUGAAGUCUCCUGGGGGAGAGAAGUGCUGCUGCCUGCUGGGGCUGCUGCCCUAUUACGAGCAGUGA